AUGCAUACAGAGGGAAAAAGAAGAGGGAGCUGGAUCGAAAGAAAAGCUAUGGCUGUGAUUUUUACAAUAUUUGCGAUUUUUAUUGUGAGCUUUAUUGUCUUUACUUAUGGAAAUUUUGAUGAUAAUAAAGCUGAAUUUAGUUUUCAGAAGUAUGUUUUGACCAAAAACUGGACUUAUAUACAAGAACAGAAAGAAAAAGCUGAUGAAAUACUUGAAAAUAAUAAAAAUGCAAUAAAAAAAGAUAAUCCUAUUGAACCAUCAUACCCUCUUAAUUUAAUAGAAAAUGAUUCACCAGAUCCUACGCAAAAAUUCCUUAUGAAAACUCCACCUUUUUCUCAAAAAAUAAGCGUAAAUUCCAAAAACCUCAAAUGCUGGCCUGAGAAAUUCGGAUUUUCCAAAUCCCAAGCCGACGCCGUCUAUGACCCCAGCAUUUCUUUCAGCCCAUGCCCAGAAUCAACACCUUUUAUAUAUAUAAAUGAAAAUAAGUAAAAAAUAUAUAGCCAGCUUGUUAUGAACUGCUCAGAUAGCCCUAAAUAUGCAUUAGGAAGCUACCCUUUUGAAGAAGAAUUAGGGAGGCACAGUAUUUUCUUUUUGUGGUUUGAUUAUUUUAAUCCUGUAAAGCUAGAAGAUAUUGAAUAUGCAUUUGGGAAAUGUGGCUCAAAAACACAAACAAUUCUUGCUAAUAGGCCAAAAGAUGAAUUCAAAAAUAGGGCAAAUAAUAGAAAAAAAGAAAUUUUAACACAAAAAAAUUUGAGUGAUACUAGGGCGAUAACUGUUAUAGCCGAGGUCUCAUUAUAGAUCGUCCUGGGCUAUGACUUGAUGUUUCAACUCAUAGUUGAUUUUGCUCCAAAAUAAUUAAAUAUGGCGUCUCAACUUGGGUCUGGCCUCUCGGCCAGACAGUUUCGAGCCCGAUUUAAUUAUAUCCGGCAAGGUUUUGCCUAGCUAGAGAUGGACAGCAAUAUCAGGUAAGCAAUUCUGGCAGUGUACAGAGCCUGAUCCCAGUCCGUUCUCGGGUUAGGAUUUUACCUCGAGGGAAGAGGAGGCUUGGAGUUGGAAAGGAGAAGCCCAGCAGCGCCUGCAGGUAAUCCCUAGGCCAUUCGGGCAAAUCUCUAGCGAGAAACCGGGAGUUUCGCCCCGGGCUACAAGUUUUCCUCUUUUGCCGAAAGUCGGCCAGAAAUACCAUUUUUUGGAAUUUCCCAGCAGACAACCCUCGUUACAGAGAGAAAGUAGCUCAUUCAUGAGCCGUCGAAGCCGGAACAUCGCGCAGGAGGCGCGCGUUGGAGAUCAAAGCUAGCUGUCCCAGCAACUAGUGGGCCCCGAGCGACGAGAGCGUGGUGGUAGUCCUGGAAGAGCAACCCCGUAGGAGACGUUUAAACGUGAUGGUUAAUAAGUUAAGUUAAGAUUUUGCUCCAAAAGUUGCCAAGCUAAUCUAAGAGUUAACAAAUGCCAAAUAUAGGCGAACUUGCCAACUUGUGGAGUAGUCUGGCAACUUCUGGAGCAAACAUACUCCACAAGCUAUAGCGCCAAGUUAUAGCCAGAACGAUCUAUGAUGCAUCUUAGGCUAUAUUAUGCUCAUUAUGGACUCUGUGUCACGUGAACAUUUUUAUAGGAAUUUUCCUCUUACAGUAAAAUUUCUAAAUGAAAAUUUAUAUUUAUCCAAAGUGAAUUAACCUUUAAUUAAAAAAACAAUUAAUAAUAAAAAUAUAUUUUUUUAUAUUAAUUUAAAGGUAUAGUUAAUGGAAAAUAUAGCGAGGAUUUUAUAGGCUAUGAUUUCAAAUUUAAUCAUGCCCAUGGAAAUACUACAAUUUCUAAUAUCGUCCCAAUAAUGUAUGGACACAAUUUAACUACACAUGAAAAAUUAACUGAAGGAUGAAGCUACAAACGAAACGAAGAUUCCACAAUUUACGGGCAGCUGCAAGAAAGCCACGCAUUAUGGACUUUUUUCAGAAACCAAGGCUUUGUGACGUUUUUUGGUUUUGACACAAUUUACGAUUUCCUCUCCAAAGUGACAAGCCGGUCUGUCCUUACUGAUCACAUUUUAACGAAUUUUUGGCUUUUUGCUGAAAGAGUAUUUUAUUACAAAGACUGGUCUACAAAGCAGCAAUGUUUUGAUAAUCAUAACGCCCAUUAUUACAUGAUGGAUUAUUUAUUACAAUUCGUAAAAAAUUAUGAAAAAACAAAUAAAUUUGCAUAUGCUCAUAUUUCCCCUGGUCAUGAAGACACAGGAACUGUUAUUAGGACUGUAGACCCUGAUUUAAAAGAAUUUUUAGAAAAAAUGUUUAAUUUACAUAAAAAUAAUGGAGAAGAUUUAGCUUUAUUUGUAUUAGGCGACCAUGGAAAAUCAGCAAAAUUAACUGAUGUAGAGGAAAAAAGAUAUGAAUUCAUUCAUUCAUAAGAUUACUCUUAAUUAAAUUCUUGUUCUUUCAAGGGACCAUCAAGCCCACUUCUAAAGCCUUUAUGAUGAGAAAGCCUUCCAUUCUGAACAACGAGUCGGCAGUUACACGACCGUUAGAAUUUAUUCACGCCUCCAGCUUCGAGAACACUCUUUUCUGCUACCCCGCAUCACUGAGUAGCACCUCUGUCGACCCCAAACCCUCAGAGAACCGAAAUCCCCUUCACUGAGCCGCAGUAAGGGAACUACCCCUUACCAGGUUUCCACCAUUUUAAUUUGUAGAUAUGAAUUAUUUUUACCUAUGCAUUUAUUAUUUGCAAAUAAAAGGCUAAUAGAAAGGCUCAAGGCUGAUGAAAUAUUAAAGCAUAAUAGUGAUAGGAUUACCUCAAGAAUUGACUGGUAUUUGACGAUGAAGCAUUUAGCUGUAUCACAAUAUGAGGAUAUUAGUAAAGAUAGUAGCCUUUAUAUUGAAUGGAAAUCAAAAUUACCGUCAAGCUCACACAGUCUUUUAUUAGAAAAAACUCCAGAUAGCACAACUUGUGAUGAUUUAGGAAUAAGCCCUGAAUUUUGCUUAUGCAGUGUGUAUACUGAUAUAUACCCAGAAGACUUUAAAAAGCAGAAUUACUUGUCUAUGCUUGCAGGAUUUGCCAUAAAAUAUCUAAAUAAGCAUACAGAGCACCAGCCAGCCAGAGAAUUUUGUAAUUAAGCGAUUUACUAGCCAUUUUCGGCAGCUCACUAGUCUCAGCUGUCUCCAUAAGCUUCGAGUUCGAAUGAGGAAAAUAGAAGGCCACCAUCUUGAAUUUUAAAAUCAGAAUCACCUGUCCAAGAGAUCAGCUCCUGGAGCAGAGCCACCGUUUGUAGAGUGCCCAGAUGGUACCAACAAGAGAAGACCAUGUAGUAGGGCAAAGUCUGUCUAGCCUAUUUGGCAGGCACAGAAAAGCCUUUACUCCCCCCCUCCGUGAGUGAACAAAAAAAUUUUGUUCACUCACGGAGGGGGGGUUAAUUUUAAAAAAUUUCUAUAUAAAUUUUAUAAAUUUUUUUUUUCAAAUUUAAAAAAAUCCUAAUUCGCAAAAAUUGGAAAGCAAGUAUUAAUUUAAUUUAUAAAAUUUAUGUCUUAAAAAGCAAUUCGUUUAAAAUUAAAUAGAAUUAGCUCUAGAUUUCAUUAUAAUAAUUAUCAUUUAUAUAUCAAAUUUUUUUUCCAUAAAAAAUUUUUCUACUAAAAAAAAAUUUUUUGUUCACUUACGGAGGGUGGGUUUUUGGGCAAAAAAUAGGGAUUUUUCUAAUGGUUUUGUUCACUCACGGAGGGGGGGAGUUAGGGAGAAAUAAAACUUCCCUCUUCGGAAAGGCUUCCCUGAAAGCCUAAUUCAAAAGACAGAGGCUCUAUUUUCAGCAUCAUCAGGAUGGGUCCGACCUCCUUUAUAAGGAGUGCGCCUCAAAAACCAAUUUCCAUCAACGUCACCAUUUAUUUCUGAAUUUUGUAAAGAGUUAAAUUUUUAUAAAAUUUGGCACGGAAAAGAAUUGACUAUUUCUCCACAAAAAAUCCAAUAUAAAUUCGACAUGAAUCUAAAACAAGACCCUGACACAGUUUUCGAAAUAAUAGGAAUUAUUGAGAAAAUUGAAAGACUUCCAUUCGAUUUUGACGACAAACCCACAAAAUUUUUCGACAAAGACGAGUUAACUUCACAAAAAUAUAUCAUAGAAUUAAUAAGUGUGAUAAGAAAAAACGCUCCCUUAUCAUUUUGUGUAGAAAUCGCGAAGGAAAUAGAAAUUAAUGCUGAAAAUUGUAUUUGUAAAAUCCCUGAUAUGUUUAAUAAAAGACUAUUUAAUCAACCGAUGCUACAGAUGUAUGAUAGGCUUAGGGAAAGGCUGACAUUGGCUGUUUCUGAAUAUGGAGUUUCAUGUGCUGAUACUUGUAAAGAAAUUAAAAAAAAUUGCCAGCUUUGGGGGCUGCAAAUGCUGAAUUCUAUUGAUAUGUGGAAUGAACCGUGAUAUGAAGACAAUUCUUAUUAUUUAUAUAAAAAUGGGGCAAGGACAGUAUUUAAAGAUUUGCAAAUUGAGCAGUAUUCUUCUGGGAAUGUGCUAGGAUUUGAUCAAGAACGAAUUUUUUAUUAUGUAGAACCGAAAAUGUUGUCUUGUGAAGUAUCAGAUGAUUUGGUUAUGGGAUUAUGCCCUUGCGAGUAA